GCCGUUUCAAGGGGAGGAAAAUUAAUAAAAGACUUGACAGGUAUUUAGUCUGCCUGCAGCAUAUAUGCCGUUGUCUAAUUGUUUUAAAUUAUUGUGUUAUUCGUGCUAAACAAGGGAACAUAGCUUCUAUAGAUCACAAUUUAUGUAGAUGUACUGACAUAAGCAUAAGGGUAAAGUAACUGCGUUAAGUUUUAUUGUCGAAAUAUUGUACGCGAUUGUAAGGGGUAGCAACGGUAUGGCGGAAAAUGGCAUGCGUGUUGGAGGCGUCAGUGGUGCUGAUGUUGGCGACUACAGUAAUGGUAAUCAUGAACAUGACUUAGGUCAGGAAAAUAUAAAAAAUACACCGCGUUUAAACGAAACUGCUCAAAAGUACAUGCAGGAAUUACUAGCUGAGCGAUCGCGAAUGGAGAAUCAUUUUCCCUUGGCUGUCAAGUUGAUCGAUGAAGCACUCGAACGUAUUCAGCUAAACGGCCGCAUUCCCACGCGCGAACAAUAUGCAGAUGUUUAUCAACAAAGGACUAUUCGACUUUCCCAAAAGGUGCACGUUCCAAUUAAAGAUAAAAAGUUUAAUUAUGUUGGAAAAUUACUUGGGCCAAAAGGAAAUUCACUGCGACGUCUUCAAGAGGAGACACAAUGUAAGAUUGUCAUACUCGGUCGUUUCUCAAUGAAAGAUCGAGUGCGUGAAGAGGAGUUGCGAAACUCAGCUGAUGCCAAAUAUGCCCAUCUUAAUUUGCCAUUACAUGUUGAAGUGUCAACUGUUGCCCCACCAGCUGAAGCGUAUGCUCGCAUUGCAUAUGCUUUAGCAGAAAUUCGACGUUAUUUGAUACCAGACAAACACGAUGACAUACGGCAAGAGCAGUUUCGCGAACUGAUGGAGGAUCCCGAAGCCGCUAAGAAAAUUACUAUACGUCAACAGCAACAGCAGCAGCAACAACAACAAAACAAUGCUCAUUCAGUUGGCGGCAAUAACAAUAACUCGAAUCAUCGCCCAGGAGGGCCGGCAGGAGGAAGUGGCAUGUACAGGCCUAAAUACCAGCAGCAGUCUCAUAAUUACCAUUAUAAUGAUGAGGCCGUUUACUACCGAUCACAUAACAACUCUUACCAUCAACCAAAACCUUAUGUGCCAGCUACCCAACGCUCAAACCUAAUGCACUCCUCAAUGCCGCCACAAGCUAUUGUAAACGCUUCACCAUCGGGAUUGAUACCAAAUACAUCAAAUUAUAGUGGGCGUGGAUCGGUUAUUAAUAGCGGUGUACCAUCCAAUAACGUAAACAAUUUACGAUAUCGUUCGUCAUUGCCGCCUUAUCAAUUUGUAAAGAAAUAAUGGAUUUACUUUACGUUACUUUGUUUUCCAUAUUUCCUAUGUAAUCAUGCACUUGCAUACAUAUAUAUACAUACAAACAUGCAUACAUUCGUUUGUUUACCCCUAUAAUGUUAGCAUUUCGGCUGGCUGAUGUUUAAUUUGUUAACUAGUGUACUGGUUGCGUUAUAUAGGCGUAGUUAUAUUAUUAUAUAUACAAUACAUAAACACACAUCUACAUAAACACAUACAAAUACCCAUUAAUACAUAUUUAUGGACAUAAAGUUUUGCGUGUACAGAGAAAGUGUACCGUAAUGCACAUACAUAUUUAUGCGUAGCCUUAAAAAAAACUUUUUUUUUAAUAAUUUUUCUUGAGUUUGUUCAAGAACAUUUUUUGUUUUAUUUUUUUUUGUGUCUCGAAAGACUCAAAAACUUGUUUGUCUAUUUUCAUUUUUUUAUUAUCUAAACGCGAGAACUGGUGGUAAAGAACAUAUAACACUGAAGCUAAAACUGCAUGAAGCUCUAAAAGAGAAUUAUUUAUCCAAAUAUACUAUGCAUACGGUUUUCUUAUUCUUAUUGAUGGUUGAUUUUCUUUACACUUGAGUUGCUUUACGUCCAUUCAAAAGCGAUAUGUAUUACAUAGUAAAUAAAAAGACAAGGGAAUAAAUUACUAAGAAUGCGCCAAAAACCUGCAAAUAUGGUAAAUAUCUUUAAAUAUGUGUUUAUUCUACUGUGAGCACAUCGUUUAUGCGUUGACGCAAUUCAACUUAUAUUUUUGGAAAAAAUUGUAAUUUUUAUAAUCGUUUUUGCUGUUAACAGCUGAUAAUAAAAUACUUUUAAUUAUAUAUGAUCUAACUUUGAAGUUUGUUACAUUUGUUUUAAACGGAAAAACUUUCUAUUCGUUUAUUAAAAAUUAUUUGAAUAUCGAUUAUAUUAUAUUAUUAAUAUUUGUAAACUAAAUAAAAAAUAUAUUUAUAUAUUAACAUGUGGCAAAUAGAUUACAAACUAAGCAGAUAUAGAACACAACUUCAAAUACAAAUUUAUGCCUCAGAAUGUUUAUAAAACGAUAAAGGCUGUGGCAAAGAUAUAUGGACAACUAUUGUUUAUAUAUAAAUAAGAAGCCAAGGUUUCUGAGCGCGUAAAUUUGACAGAUUGCCACGGUUAUAUACAUACAUACACAUAUAAAUAUAUACAUAUAAAAUACAUAUAUGAGAAUGCCUCUGUAAAGAAAUAAAAUAAUACACAAUUGACUUAAAUAAAAAAAUAAAAAUUUCAAGUUUAAUUAGA